AUGGCCGAGCAAGAAAAAACAAAAAAUCAUCCUGGCGGUCUUAGCGACAAGGCAGACGAGGCGGACCCUAAAAUGAAAGGCCAAAAAGAAAAUUUUCCGCUAGCGACGAAAUCUGGUUUGAUCGAGCUCCGCUUGGUGUCAACACCUUGGGAAAUAUGA